AUGGGUCUGAGCAAAAUCGCCUACCUGAUCCUCGCGUGCUCUUCGUCACUGCUCUCCGUGGCAGGCGAGCCAUGCACAAACCCUAGUCAGAGGCGGGCAUGGCACACCCUAAGCGAUGCCGAGAAAAAGGCCUACAUCGACGCGGAGCUCUGCCUGAUGGCGAAGCCCGCCGUUCUCGGUCUCAACGGUACAAGGACAUUAUUUGACGAGCUACAAGCCAUCCACCAGUUGCAGGCGUGGGCGACGCACAGUGUUGCAGCAUUUCUCCCCUUCCAUCGCGUUAUGAUGCACGUGCACGAGUUCGCCCUACGUGAAGACUGCGGCUACACCGGCUACCAGCCUUAUUGGUAUGAGCAGCUCGACGCUGGCAAGUUCAUCUCCUCGGUGGUGUUGGACCCGGUGACAGGGUUCGGAGGCAACGGAACCGGUACCAACGGCUGCAUCGUCGACGGGCCGUUUGCCAACUACACCAACAGCCUGGGGCCGGGUUAUGAUGUGACGGACCACUGCAUCAACCGAGCCAUCAAUGAGACCGCCUCCACCUUCUCCUCUCAGCAAAACGUUGACGAGUGCCUCAGCAAGACGACCUGGAAAGAAGCGUGGGCUUGCAUAGAGAGUGUGCCUCACACGGGCGGCCACGGGGGCGUCGGCGGGGAGAUGAGCAACGGCGUCAGCAGCCCCGGGGAUCCGGUGUUCUAUCUCCACCAUACAUGGCUGGAUAAGGUCUACUGGGACUGGCAGGCUAGGGAUAGACCGGCGCGGACUAGCAACAUCAGCGGAAAUAAUGUCAUGAGGGAUGACGUGCCUGGGUUCCCCCCCAGGCCUGCCUAUAUCCCUGAACAAAAUGGUGCGCCUGGUGACCCUGGUAACGAGACCACAUUGGGCCAUAUUAUCCAAACGUUUGGUAAACUGCCCAACGUGACAAUCGCCGAUGUCCUCGACAUUCAAGGGAAUUAUCUGUGCUACGAAUACGUCGAGCCUUGA